AUGAGUGCGACUACGUUGAACGCACCGUUGAAGGGAAAACGGAUUCGAACGAAUGGUGGUUUCUCUCAAGAGACAAGUGCCUUCAGGCAUGAACCUUCGCUCGCUGACAGACUGGACGCCAAGCAGGGCCUUCCACCAUGUAGAGAACCGAGGGAUCUCGCCCUUACAGCCAGCCGGAGUCUCGGUGCGAAGCGGGAAUCAAAUCCGUAUCUUCAUAUCUUCACCAUAUUCGCCGGUCAAACCCCAAGGCCGAAGCUUGCUUGA